ACCAGUCGGGUCAGAAUUAAUCUCUGAGAUAUUAUCCUUGCAGUGGUGGGUGAUUUGUAAGGUGUAAAGCUUUCCUGAAUUCAUCAUCAUCAAUGGUCGAUUGGGCAUCACUCCCGAAGGAUCUCCUAAACCUAAUCUCCAAAUCUCUCGAAUCCUCCUUCGAUCUCCUCCAAUUCCGCUCCGUCUGUACUUCAUGGCGCUCCUCCGCCGACCCGAAACCUCCUCUCCCGACUCACCACCUCCCGAUCCUCCCCGAUAACGGCACAAGCCUCUUCCCAGACUCCGCAGUAGGUUUCCGCCUCUCUCAGCGUAGCAUCCUCCUCAUCGAACCUCACAAACCGCCCAUCAGCCAGUCCGAUCUGUUCGGAUGGCUCGUCAAGAUCGAGGAAGGAGACCUUAACGCUCCUCGUAAGGUGACGCUUCUCGAUCCGAUGAGUGAGACCAGACACUCUCUUCCUGAUCAUUUCCCUCGAUCUCUCGAUAUGUCCAAGUUCAAGGUUCGAGAGUUAGGUCGUGAGUUCAAGCUUCAUUAUUUCAACACGGUUGGUGAUAUUGUAAACAGUUUGUACUUGGAGAAGGCUGUUGUUAGGUACUUAGAUAGUUGCAAGUUUGUGUUGCUUACCAUUCAUGUUUCUGGCAAGUUAGCUGUGUUUACCUCCUGGGAUCGAGCUUGGACUGUGAUCAAUGACAUGCCUUCUCCUUACGAUGAUGUGAUUGUUUUCAAAGGACGCUUCUUUGGUGUUGACAACAAUGGGAGGACUGUGGUUGUGGAUUUUCUGGAUUUGAAGGUUGAAUUGGUUGCGAGUCCCGUGUAUGGUGGUGACAAGAAGUUCUUGGUUGAAUCUUGUGGUGACAUGUUGAUGGUUGAUAUGUAUUUGAGUAUGGAGGAGGUUGAUGGGGAUCCUGGCUUUGGCGAGGAGGUCUUUGAGCAUCAUGCGGUUUUCAUGAAUGAGAGGACGGUGAAGUUUAAGGUUUUUAAGUUUGUGGAAAGAGAGAAGAGUUGGGUUGAGGUUAAGGAUCUUGGUGGUAAGAUGUUGUUCCUUGGGGAUGACUGUAACUUUACUGCGUUGGCUUCGGAUUUGUUACCUUCAUGUGGUGGGAGUUCUGUGUUCUUCAAUGGUAAUGUGUUCAACGAGGAUAACGUGGACGCAAUGCAGGAUCGAGAUUUGGGAGUGUUUGAUUUCAGGAGUGGGAAAAUAGAGCUGGUGCAUAAACUCCCUGAAUAUGCCAAGCUUUUCUGGCCUCCACCUCCUUGGAUUACUUUUCUUGAGAGUGCUGAGAAUCAUCCGGAAGAAACAUCAUCCCAAUCUUGAGAAAUGCUGUUGUGUAAUUUGGGAGUUUAUACGACCUUGGAGUUUUCAACAAAUACGAAGAGUAAUAAUUUCUUUGAUAUUUGUGAGAGGAAGAAAACCCAUGUUUAUGUUUUGUUGGUUUACGAGUAAACGACCCUUUCCAUGUUUCAGUAACUUUGCAUAUGUACAUACUACAUAUAGAAUCUUUCUUUGUAAUCUUUAAAGAUUAUGGAUAUUCGUUGGAGAACCAAACUCUUGUUUUCUCCAAAAUAUUUGUGGACAACACCUCUUAGCUGUAAUAACCAAUAUAACAUCAUAGAGAACCAACCAAUGUAAGGUUUUUUAAUGUGAAAAGUCAG